GUCCGGGAAAACCUAAUGAUUGAUAGUUUGCGGCUGCUGUUCGGGUCAAACGGUAGCGAGUUUGUCAUCACAUCUACUAUUAUAUGCUAGCUAGCUCAGCUAAUAAUCUGCUAACAGUACGUCCUUAAUGAUGAGUCGUUAGGUCCAGUUCGUGAGCGGUGACCGUCAAUUUGAUUACUCAGCUUGACCACUUAAGUGCAGAGACCGGGAUGCCUGGUUCAGCCCAGAUUAGCUACAUGGGACCGUGGCCCAAAGAUGUGGGUAUCAUUGCCUUGGAGCUGUACUUCCCUUCCCAUUUUGUGGACCAAGCGGAGCUGGAGCAGUACGACGGUGUGGCUGCUGGGAAGUACACCGUAGGCUUGGGCCAGGCCCGUAUGGGGUUCUGCUCAGACCGUGAGGACAUCAACUCUCUGUGCCUGACCGUCGUCCAGCGGCUCAUGGAGAGGAACGGCUUGUCCUACGACAGCAUUGGCCGCCUAGAGGUUGGCACCGAGACCAUCAUCGACAAGUCCAAGUCUGUCAAGACGGUGAUAAUGCAGCUGUUUGAGGACUCUGGCAACACAGACGUGGAGGGCAUCGACACCACAAACGCCUGCUACGGUGGAACGGCCGCGCUCUUCAACGCCGUAAACUGGGUGGAGUCCAGCUCAUGGGAUGGACGCUUCGCCUUGGUAGUCGCAGGGGACAUUGCCGUCUAUGCCACAGGGAGUGCCCGGCCCACAGGGGGCGCUGGUGCAGUGGCCAUGCUGGUGGGGCCUAAUGCUCCAUUAGCCUUUGAACGAGGUCUGCGGGGAACACACAUGCAACACGCCUACGACUUCUACAAACCAGACCUGAUGUCCGAAUACCCUGUGGUGGACGGCAAGCUGUCCAUCGAAUGCUACCUCAGUGCCUUGGAUCGCUGCUACUCUGUGUACCGCAACAAGAUCCACACACAAUGGCAGAGAGAGGGUUCAGAUCAGCGCUUCAGUCUGGAAGAUUUCGGCUUUUUGGUCUUCCACUCUCCGUACUGCAAGCUGGUGCAGAAGUCGGUGGCUCGGCUGAUGCUCAACGACUUCCUGAACCAUCCCAACCCCAACACGGAGACCGGGCCCUUCACCGGCCUGGAUGCCUUCAGAGACGUGAAGCCAGAGGAAACCUACUUCGACAGGGACGUGGAGAAGGCCUUCAUGAAGGCCAGCGCAGAUCUGUUUGAGAGGAAGACAAAGACGUCUCUUUUGAUCUCCAACCAGAAUGGAAACAUGUACACGCCCUCUGUUUACGGCUGCCUGGCCUCCGUCAUUGCAGAGCACAGCCCCUCACAGCUGGCAGGACAGAGGAUUGGAGUCUUCUCCUACGGCUCAGGCUUUGCUGCUUCUCUGUAUUCCCUCAAGGUCACACAGGACCACACCCCGGGAUCAGCUUUGGAUAAACUGGUUUCCAGCUUGAGUGACCUGGGAGUCCGACUGGACUCCAGGAAGAAGGUUGCCCCUGCAGUCUUCUCUGACAGCAUGAAGCUGAGAGAAGACACUCACCACUUAGCCAGCUAUGUCCCUCGAGGCUCUGUGGACGAUCUGUUCCCCGGAACGUGGUACUUGACCAGAGUGGAUGAAAAGCAUCGCAGGGAAUAUUCCCGUAGACCUCUGGAUGACGACCUGCCUGCAGAGCCAGAGCUGGUUUGCUUGGGAGCUGCUGCUCAGCACAUCCCAAGUCCAGUCAAGAAGAUGCCUCGCAUCCCGGCCACCACCACAGCUCCUGAGGCCAGCAGCUAGGAGAGCGUGCAGACUUCCUCUGAGUCAUCUUGGUCCAGCAGAGUAAAGGUCCAGCAACAACCCAGAAGAGAAACCAGCUCCUCCACAGCCCCUGAAUUGUAGCAGAAGAGGGAGACCCAAAAGAUUCCCCUCUGCCUGUGACCCCCCCCCCACAUCUACCAUUAGGAUUUAACAGAGCUCGUCUGAAAUGCUGCAUGUGACUGCCUUUUAGAUCUUUGUCAUUUUAAAUCGUGUCUAUUGGGCGGCUGUAGGCCUCACUGAGGCAUGACUUGGCCGUUCAACACCAGGGGCGACGCCCUGUGCUGCCCUGCUCCAGGCUUCAGCUGCUUACAGACUGCUGCUUCUCAACAUCUUCAUGUUGCUCUUUCUUGGAUCUAGGAACCCGCUUUGUGAGCUGCAGCUUCCUUCAGUCAGUUUGUCCACAUUUCAUUUGCCAAACAAUCACAAGAGUGCAUCAAGUCCUGUCUGCGAGAUCCGCGGUAUUCCAGAGCCGCCUGCUUCGAUCCAUUUGUCAGACUGGAACUGAUCAGGAUUUUCGUCGUCAGGUAUCUCCCUCUGAGUGACGGUGGAACCUGAAUGCAUUUCAUAGUGAUGCCUCUCUAAAACACUAAUUAACAAGCAUUUAUUUAUCAAAUGUAGAAGCUGGAACUAAAAAGACCCUCAAAGGUUUGAAACCUGUCUGCCAGAAACCAUCAGCCUUUGCGGCACUGUGACUUCCUGCCGGCGGCGGCGGCAGCAGCGGCGGCUCUGGGGAGCUGGAUUGUUUAGUGUAAAGCUGAGCUCCUUGAGGAGAAGCCUUACAGAGUGUAGAUAAAGCGUUUCAUCAGACGAUGUACAGAUCUAUUCUUUUAAAUUGUACAGUCAUCCGGUUGCUGUGAUGCUGGGCUGUGUGGUCAUACCGGCUUCAGUGUCGCUGGUAUGUCUGAGUGCGGCUGGUCUCAGAGCUCAAACCGACCUUUUCUAGCAUCAGUGAUCAUGUACAGAACAAAGUCAGAUUAUUUAUGUGAUGUAGAUAUGAGUGUGUUCGGAUCUGCUGAGUCAUGUAAAGGCAUGAAUAAAGGGAUUCUGAACCUGA